AAUUACUAAAAAAUAUAUAUUUUCAAAAAAAUUAGUAAUUUUAUAUUUUAUUUGAACUUUAAUCAAUCAAUAAAUAUCAACAAAAUGUCAUCAAAUGAUAAGUUCUACGAUGAAGUGCGAAACUCACGAAACUUUACAGGAAAAGUAGUAUUGGUUACGGGAUCGGGUGCUGGUAUUGGUGCUUCAAUAGUCAAGUUAUAUUCAGCACUGGGAGCUAAUGUUGUGAUCACCAGUAGAUCCGAAGAUGCUUUACACAAAGUGGCUGUCGAUGCACAACAAUUGUCUCCUAAAAAACUUAAGCCAUUGGAAGUGAUCGCAGAUCUAACCAAAUCGGAUGAUUUGAAUAACUUAUUAAACAAAACCAUCGAAACAUUCGGCAAAUUAGAUAUUUUGGUCAACAAUGCCGGCGGUCUACACGCGACUCUUAUAACUCACCCGAAGUUUACUGAUAGACUCAAAUCAACCGAAACACUUGAUAUUAAUGCUACACUAGAGCUAACACAACUGGCCAUACCUUAUCUGGAGAAAACCAAUGGCAAUAUUAUUAUGAUUACAGCAAAUCUUAUUGAAAGACCAUUAAGAGGUUAUCUUAAUUAUAUUAUUGGUAAAAGUGCAUUGGAUCAGGCCACCAAGGUACUAUCAAUUGAAUUGGGCAGUAAAGGCAUACGUGUUAACUCAGUCAGUCCGGGUGGUAUUGAAUCACAUCCCGGAACUUAUGAUCAAACAUUUCUAGACAUACUCGAAAAGACAGCAAAACGUACGCCAUUGGCCAGAGUAGGCCAACCACAGGAUAUUGCCUCAGCUGUUGUAUUCCUGAGCUCAUCGGACGCCCGAUUCAUAACCGGACACAGUUUGGUAGUCGACGGCGGACUCAAGUAUAAUAUGGAUUCAAAUUUUUUGGAAGAUUAUGGAUUAGAUUAG